AUGAAAGAAGCCAAAAAAAGAAAUCCAGACAUCAAGCUGAUCGGUCUUCCCUGGGCAUUUCCAGGAUGGAUCGGUCAGGGCACGCAAUGGCCGUACUUUUUUCCUAACGUUACUGCUAACUAUGUUGUUUCCUGGAUUGUUGGUGCAAAGCAGCAUCAUAACCUGGACAUUGACUACGUUGGGGUGCUGCGGGACACUUUGGACCAACAUAAUUUAACAGAUGUCGGGAUCAUCGCUGCAGAUGGGGACUGGCAAAUUGCUCCAGUCAUGGCUAAGGAUCCAUAUCUGAACGAUGCUGUUGAGGUGAUAGGUGUCCACUAUCCAGGCACCAACACAGUGAAGGAAGCUCUGUGGACUCAGAAAAAGCUUUGGUCCUCUGAAGAUUACAGCACAUUUAAUAAUGACGUUGGCGCUGGAUGCUGGGCUCGCAUUCUAAACCAGAACUACGUGAACGGCAGAAUGACUUCGACGAUAUCGUGGAAUCUGAUAGCGAGUUACUACGAGGAUCUGUCUUUUGGUGGAGAUGGGUUGAUGACAGCUGAGGAGCCCUGGAGUGGACAUUAUGUAGUGGAGUCUCCAAUAUGGAUAACUGCACACACAACGCAAUUUGCACAACCAGGCUGGUUUUAUCUGCAGACCGUGGGCAAUUUCACCAAUGGAGGAAGUUACGUGGCCUUAACAGACCUCAAAGGGAAUCUGACUAUUGUAAUUCAAACCAUGACACACAAUCACUCGGAGUGCAUCCGACCGCCUCUACCGCAGUUUGAUGUGUCCCCGCAAACAGUCACUUUUCAGCUCAAAGGUUCUUUUGCACAUCUUACUGAACUUCAAGUGUGGUACUCAAAACUGGAUUUUGAGACCAAAAACGAUACCCUUUUAAAUAAAAGAAGACCUAUUAAGGUCUAUGACUUUUCCUUUACACUAAAAUUAGAUGUUGAUGAAGUUUACACAAUCACAUCCAUCACUACUGGUCAGAAAGGUUUCUACCCUGAGCCCCCCAAACCAUCCUUGUUUCCAAAAAAUUACUCUGAUGAUUUCACUGUUGAUAACCCUUCAUUCUCUGAGGCUCCAUAUUUUGCUGAUCAAACCGGCGUGUUCGAGUACUUCAGAAAUGUCACAGACGUUGGCCCACAUGCCUUCACCUUACGGCAGGUGAUCACGGAGCGGCCGGUUUGCUGGGCUACAGAUGCCGACCAGACAAUCAGCAUCAUCGGGGACUACAGCUGGACAGACCUCAGUGUGUCAUGUGACGUGCUUCUUGAAACUCCCAACACUGGAGGUGUGUUCCUGGCAGCCAGGGUUGAUCAAGGAGGAGAGUCCAUCAGACGAGCAAAGGGUGUCUUUUAUUGGCUUUACGCAAAUGGAACCUAUAAAGUGUCAAAUGACAUAGGUGGACAAAGAGUUCUUGCUGAAGGGCUUUCGGGAACAAGGGCAGGUGUAUGGUACUCGAUAACUCUUAGUGUCAAGGGAUAUUUUGCCUCUGGGAUGCUGAAUGGCUACCCACUGUGGAAGAACGCUGUUGUCCUUGAGCCCAAGAGAGGUUGGGCAGCACUAGGAACUCUGUCGUUUGAAUAUGCGCACAACCAAACAAACAUGGCCAACAGCCGCGCGAGCAGCACUAAACGAGUCUUUAUCAACAACAUCGAUUCAUACUCGUCCAGAUAUAUCGCUCAGUUCUUGUCCUCGUGUGUGGUCGGGCAAUCUCUGGAUGAUGGUGAUGAAGAAGACGACAAACAUCCAGCGUCUUCAAAAGACACUUUCAGCAUAUUCGGAACAGUUGCGGAUUAA